CUCUCGUUCCAGAAUGUGUACGUGAACAUCAACCGCAUCAUGUCGGUUGGCAACCGUCUGCUGGAGUCGGGCCACUACGCUUCUCAGCAGAUCAAGCAGAUCUCCUCCCAGUUGGAGCAGGAGUGGAAGGCCUUCGCCGCCGCCCUGGACGAGCGCAGCACCCUGCUCGAGAUGUCCGCCUCCUUUCACCAGAAAUGUGACCAGUACAUGAGCAACGUGGACUCGUGGUGCAAGGCGUGUGGUGAGGUGGAGCUGCCGUCGGAGCUGCAGGACCUCGAGGACGCCAUUCACCACCACCAGGGCCUCUACGAGCACAUCACCGCAGCAUACUCGGAGGUGAGCCAAGACGGCAAGGCUCUAUUGGACAAGCUGCAGCGGCCCCUGACCCCCGGCAGUGCCGAUUCGCUGACGGCGUCGGCCAAUUACAGCAAGGCGGUGCACCACGUGCUGGACGUCAUCCACGAGGUGCUGCACCACCAGCGGCAGCUGGAGAACAUCUGGCAACACCGCAAGGUGCGCCUGCACCAGCGCCUGCAGCUCUGCGUCUUCCAGCAGGACGUACAACAGGUGCUGGACUGGAUCGAGAACCAUGGCGAGGCGUUCCUCAGCAAGCACACAGGAGUGGGGAAGUCUCUCCAUCGAGCGCGGGCCCUCCAGAAACGCCACGAGGACUUUGAGGAAGUGGCCCAGAACACGUACACCAAUGCGGAUAAGCUGCUGGAGGCCGCGGAGCAGCUGGCCCAGACGGGCGAGUGUGACCCGGAGGAGAUCUACCAGGCCGCCCACCAGCUGGAGGACCGCAUCCAGGACUUCGUACGCCGCGUGGAGCAGCGCAAGGUGCUGCUGGACAUGUCCGUCGCCUUCCACACGCACGUCAAGGAGCUGUGGACUUGGCUGGAGGAGCUUCAGAAGGAGCUGCUGGAUGACGUGUACGCCGAGUCGGUGGAGGCCGUCCAGGACCUGAUCAAGCGCUUUGGCCAGCAACAGCAGACCACGCUACAGGUCACCGUCAACGUCAUCAAGGAGGGAGAGGACCUCAUCCAGCAGCUCAGGGACUCUGCCAUCUCCAGCAACAAGACGCCCCACAACAGCUCCAUCGCCCACAUCGAGAGCGUGCUGCAGCAGCUGGACGAGGCCCAGGCCCAGAUGGAGGAGCUCUUCCAGGAACGCAAGAUCAAGCUGGAGCUCUUCCUGCAGCUACGCAUCUUCGAACGAGAUGCCAUCGAUAUCAUCUCGGACCUGGAGUCGUGGAACGAGGAGCUGUCUCAGCAGAUGAGCGACUUCGACACGGAGGACCUGACCCUGGCAGAGCAGCGGCUGCAGCACCACGCGGACAAGGCCCUCACCAUGAACAACCUGACCUUCGACGUCAUCCACCAGGGGCAGGAGCUCCUGCAGUACGUCAACGAGGUGCAGGCUUCAGGUGUGGAGUUGCUGUGUGACCGUGAUGUGGACAUGGCCACGCGUGUUCAGGAUCUGCUGGAGUUCCUCCAUGAGAAGCAGCAGGAGCUGGACGUGGCGGCCGAGCAGCACCGACGACACCUGGAGCAGUGUGUACAACUACGCCACCUACAGGCCGAGGUCAAACAGGUGCUGGGCUGGAUCCGUAAUGGGGAGUCCAUGUUGAACGCUGGUCUGAUCACGGCCAGCUCUCUACAGGAGGCGGAGCAACUGCAGAGGGAACACGAGCAAUUCCAGCACGCCAUCGAGAAGACGCACCAGAGUGCUCUGCAGGUGCAGCAGAAGGCGGAGGCUCUCCUGCAGGCCAACCACUACGACAUGGACAUGAUCCGCGACUGCGCCGAGAACGUGGCCUCGCACUGGCAGCAGCUCAUGCUCAAGAUGGAGGACCGCCUCAAGCUCGUCAACGCCUCAGUCGCAUUCUACAAGACCUCCGAACAGGUGUGCAGCGUGCUGGAGAGCCUGGAGCAGGAGUAUAAGAGGGAGGAGGACUGGUGUGGAGGAGCAGACAAGCUGGGGCCCAACUGUGAGACGGACCACGUCACACCCAUGAUCAGCAAGCACCUCGAGCAGAAAGAGGCCUUCCUCAAGGCGUGCACGCUGGCCAGGCGGAAUGCAGACGUGUUCCUGAAGUACAUGCACCGCAACAGCGUCAACAUGCCCGGCCUGCUGAGCCACGUCAAGGCACCCGAGCAGCAAGUCAAGAACAUCCUGAACGAGCUGCUUCAGAGGGAGAACCGUGUGCUUCAUUUCUGGACCAUGCGGAAGAGGCGGCUGGACCAGUGCCAGCAGUAUGUGGUCUUCGAGCGCAGCGCCAAGCAGGCGUUGGAGUGGAUCCACGACACGGGAGAGUUCUACCUGUCCACACACACCUCCACCGGCUCCAGCAUACACCACACACAGGAGCUGCUGAAGGAGCACGAGGACUUCCACAUCACAGCCAAGCAAACCAAAGAGCGUGUGAAGCUGCUGAUCCAGCUGGCCGACGGCUUCUGUGACAAGGGCCACGCCCACGCGGCCGAGAUCAAGAAGUGGGUGACGGCCGUGGACAAGCGCUACCGAGACUUCUCCCUGCGCAUGGACAAGUACCGCACCUCCCUGGAGAAGGCCCUCGGUAUCUCCUCCGACUCUAACAAGGCUAGUAAGGACCUGCAGCUGGACAUCAUCCCGGCCAGCGCUCCGGGGUCGGAGGUCAAACUGAGAGACGCCGCCCACGAGCUCAACGAGGAGAAGCGCAAGUCGGCACGCAGGAAGGAGUUCAUUAUGGCGGAACUGAUUCAGACAGAGAAGGCCUACGUGAGAGACCUGAGGGAAUGCAUGGAUACAUACCUGUGGGAGAUGACCAGCGGUGUGGAGGAGAUCCCUCCCGGCAUCGUCAACAAGGAGCACAUCAUCUUUGGCAACAUGCAGGACCUCUACGAGUUCCACCACAACAUAUUCCUCAAAGAGCUUGAGAAGUACGAACAGCUACCAGAGGAUGUGGGCCAUUGCUUCGUCACCUGGGCGGACAAGUUCCAGAUGUAUGUGAACUACUGCAAGAACAAACCCGACUCCACCCAGCUCAUCCUGGAGCAUGCUGGGCCCUACUUUGAUGAGAUUCAGCAGAGGCAUCGUCUUGCCAACUCCAUCUCCUCUUAUCUGAUCAAGCCCGUUCAGAGGAUCACCAAGUACCAGCUGCUGCUAAAGGAGCUGUUGACGUGCUGUGAGGAGGGUAAGGGCGAGAUCAAGGAUGGGCUGGAGGUCAUGCUCAGUGUGCCUAAGAAGGCCAACGAUGCCAUGCACCUCAGCAUGCUGGAGGGCUUCGACGAGAACAUCGAGACGCAGGGCGAGCUGAUCCUGCAGGAGAGCUUCCAGGUGUGGGACCCCAAGACCCUGAUCCGCAAGGGGCGCGAGAGGCACCUCUUCCUCUUCGAGAUGGCCCUGGUCUUCAGCAAGGAGGUCAAGGACUCCAACGGACGCAGCAAGUACAUCUACAAGAGCAAGCUGGUGACAUCGGAGCUGGGUGUAACGGAACAUGUGGAAGGGGACCCUUGCAAGUUUGCCCUGUGGGUGGGGAGGACCCCCACCUCCGACAACAAGAUCGUGCUCAAGGCAUCGAGCAUCGAGAACAAGCAGGACUGGAUCAAGCACAUCCGCGAGGUGAUUCAGGAGCGCACGGUGCACCUGAAGGGGGCGCUGAAGGAGCCCAUCCACAUCCCCAAAGCCUCCACGGCCAAGCACAAGGGCCGCAGGUACACGCCAAAAGACGGAGAGGACCUGGACAGUCAGGGUGACGGCAGCAGCCAGCCCGACACCAUCUCCCUGGCCUCCCGCACCUCCCAGAACACCCUGGACAGCGACAAGCUGUCCGGUGGCUGUGAGUUGACCGUGGUGAUCCACGACUUCCUGGCGGGCAACAGCAACGAGCUGACGGUGCGUCGGGGCCAGACGGUGGAGGUGCUGGAGCGGCUGCACGACAAGCCGGACUGGUGCCUGGUGCGCACCACCGACCGCUCGCCCGCCCAGGAGGGCCUGGUGCCCUGCAGCACGCUCUGCAUCGCGCACUCGCGCAGCAGCAUGGAGAUGGAGGGCAUCUUCAACCACAAAGACACAUUAUCGGUGUGCAGCAACGACUCCCUGCUGCCGGGCUCGUCGGCCACGCUGCAGCCGGGCCAGGGCCUGGGCAUGGGCUCCCAAAGCUCGCCGGGUCCCAAGCGGCCCGGCAACACGCUGCGCAAGUGGCUGACCAGCCCCGUGCGGCGGCUCAGCAGCGGCCGGGCCGACAACGUCAAGAAGCUCAACAAGCACAACAAGCCCAAGCGGGUGGACGUGCGCAAGAACGCCGACGCCGGAUCGCAGAAGGACUCGGACGACAGCGCGGCCACACCGCAGGACGAAACCGUGGAAGAGGUGAUGAUGAGAGUGCGUAACGAGGGGCUGAGCAGCGGCACCCUGUCCAAGUCCUCGUCGUCAGGCAUGCAAAGCUGUGGCGAGGAGGAAGGCGAGGAGGGUACCGACUCCGUGCCCCUGCCCCCGCCCAUGGCCAUCCAGCAGCACAGCCUCCUGCAGCCGGACUCCCAGGACGACAAGACGUCCUCGCGUCUGUCUGUGCGACCCUCGAGUUCGGAGACCCCCAGUGCGGCAGAGCUGGUCAGUGCCAUCGAGGAGCUGGUCAAGAGCAAGAUGGCUCUGGAGGACCGGCCGAGCUCCUUGUCUGUGGAGCAGGGGGACAGCAGCAGUCCCUCCUUCAACCCCUCUGACAACUCGCUCCUCUCCUCCUCCUCCCCCAUCGACGAGAUGGAGGAGCGCAAGACCAGCUUCCUCAAGAAACGACAUUUUGUGUUACUGGAGCUGGUUGCGACGGAGAGGGACUACGUGAGGGAUAUGGGCUUGGUUGUGGAGGGUUACAUGACCAGGAUGAAGGAGGACGGCGUGCCGGACGACAUGAAGGGCAAAGACAAGAUCGUCUUCGGGAACAUCCACCAGAUCUACGACUGGCACAAAGACUUCUUUUUGGGAGAGCUGGAGAAGUGCCUUGAAGACCCUGACCGCCUGGGCCCUCUGUUCGUCAAACACGAGCGGAGACUGCACAUGUACAUUGUCUACUGCCAAAACAAACCCAAGUCGGAGCACAUCGUCUCCGAGUACAUAGACACCUACUUUGAGGACAUGAAGCAGCGGUUGGGCCACAGGCUGCAGCUCACAGACCUCCUCAUCAAGCCUGUCCAGAGAAUCAUGAAAUACCAGCUCCUGCUGAAGGAUAUCCUGAAGCUGUCUAAAAAGGCUGGAAUGGACUCUAUGGAACUAGAGAAAGCAGUGGAGGUCAUGUGCAUUGUACCAAAAAGAUGUAAUGAUAUGAUGAAUGUUGGACGUCUCCAAGGGUUUGACGGGAAGAUUGUAGCGCAGGGCCGUCUGCUCCUGCAGGACACCUUCCUGGUGUCGGACCCUGACGGGGGCCUGCUGUCCCGGAUGAAGGAGCGGAGAGUCUUCCUCUUCGAGCAGAUCGUCAUCUUCAGUGAGCCCUUGGACAAGAAGAGGGGCUUCUCCAUGCCUGGCUUCCUCUACAAGAACAGCAUCAAGGUGAGCUGCUUGGGCCUGGAGGACAGUAGCGAUGGCGACCCCUGCAAGUUCAUCUUGACCUCUCGCACGGCCAGCGGCAGCACCGAGUCCUUCGUGCUGCACUCCUCCCACCCCGGCGUCCGGCAGGUCUGGAACCUGCAGAUAGGACAGAUCUUGGAGAGCCAGCGCAACUUCCUCAAUGCGCUUACCUCUCCCAUAGAGUACCAGAGGAACCACAUCGGAGGGGGGGCAGCCAGCGGCCCUAGUGGCCCCAGCAGCAGCCACAGCCAGGCAGUGGGCAGCAGUGGCCUGGGCAUGGCCUCCAGUGGUGGUGGUGGAGGCGGAGGGGGAGCUGGUGGAGGAAUGGGAGUAGUAGUGGUAGGAGGAGGUGGUGGGGGUAUCCCCACCGGGCCCCCAGGCUCCCGAUCAUCUCGACCCUCCCGGAUCCCCCAGCCCUCGCGCCUCCCCCAGCCCCUCCGCCAUCACUCCCCCGCCAUGGGCCCCGGAGGAGACCCCGACGGGCCCGACAAAAUAUCAGGUACGUCCUCCCGACCCGUCGCCGCGGGUAUCCCCCCCCCAUCAACAGCAACGCUCCCUUCCCCAUCACCAUCGUCAUCAUCCUCCUCAACCUCCAUAGCCUCAGCCAUCGACCCGGAGCUCAGCCGGGAGGUGCGGACCAGGAUGCAGGACAGCCCUCGGUCCCGCCGGCCCGAUAGCGGGCCCAAGGACGUCGCCGUCCCGGGCGAAGCCCCCGCAACGCCAUCUCCGCCAGUAGCCCCCGUGGCCCCUCGCACCACCACGAGCCCCGUGGCGAUGGUCAAGCCCCGACCAGGAGCCCUCUCUCCCAUGGCUCCCCAGCUGGCCUCCCCCGGCUUUGGGAAGGAGGGCCUGCUGCCGCCCUGCAGCCCGGUUCAGAAAGUAGCCGGCACCCCUGGAGCCAGUAGCACCACGGGCUCGUUCUGGAGCUCCAUCCCUGCCUCUCCCGCCAGCCGGCCCGGCUCCUUCACCUUCCCGGGGGAGCCCGGCUGCGACACCACCCUGGGCCGGCAGAACCAGAAUCAAAACCAGAACCAGGGCCAGGGCCAAGGGCAGAGCCACCGGCACUCCACCCACAGCAAGGACGCUGACCGCAUGAGCACCUGCUCCUCGGCCAGCGAGCAGUCCGUGCACUCCAUCCAGAGCAACGGGAGUGAAAGCAGCAGCAGCAGCAACAUCUCCACCAUGCUCGUGACGCAGGACUACGUGGCGCUGAAAGAGGACGAGAUCAGCGUGUCGCAGGGCGAGGUGGUGCAGAUUCUGGCCAGCAACCAGCAGAACAUGUUCCUGGUCUUCCGCGCCGCCACCCAGCUCUGCCCCGCCGCCGAGGGCUGGAUCCCCGGCCACGUGCUGGGACACACCUCCAGCACGGCCACCACCCCCGACGCCACCGACGGAACCAUCAAGAAAUCAUCAUCAUGGCACACAUCCCUUCGUAUCCGCAAGAAGUCUGAGAAGAGAGAAAAGGACGGCAAGAAAGACAGCAAGCUGGAAAACGGCUACAGAAAGUCCAGAGAGGGCAUGCCUGUCAAGGUUUCUGUAAAGCUUCUAAAUCCAAACUACAUCUAUGAUGUUCCUCCGGAGUUUCUAGUGCCUCUGAGCGACGUCACGUGUGACAAAGGCGAGUGUGUGACACUCCGGUGUAAGGUGUGUGGUCGACCCAAAGCCACGGUGUCGUGGAAAGGGCCUGACCAGAACACCCUCACCAACAAUGGACACUUCAGCAUUGCUUACAGUGACACUGGUGAGGCCACGCUGCGUAUCGUGGGAGUGGCGGCAGACGAUGACGGCGUCUACACCUGCGUCGCCACCAACGACCUUGGCAGCGUGACCUCAUCAGCCAGCUUACGAGUGCUAGGGACGUCCAGUGACGGACUCCGCGUCCUGUGGAAGGACAACUAUGAGGCCACCUUCACCGAGGUAGCAGAGCUGGGCAGGGGGCGUUUUGCUGUGGUGAAGCGCUGUGACCAGCGCGGCUCCAAGCGCACCGUGGCUGUCAAGCUGGUCAACAAGAAGCUGAUGAAGCGCGACCAGGUGACGCAGGAGCUGAGCAUCCUACAGCGCCUCCAGCACCCGCACCUCAUCAACCUGCUCGACACCUACGAAACCCCCAGCAGCUACGCUCUAGUACUGGACAUGGCCGACCAGGGUCGUCUCCUGGACUACAUCGUGAGCUGGGGGAACCUGACGGAGGAGAAGGUGGCCUUCUACCUGCGGGACAUUCUAGAAGCCUUACACUACCUGCACAACUGCCGCAUAGCCCAUCUGGACCUCAAGCCGGAGAACCUGGUGGUAGACCAGUGCUCGUCGCAGCCCACGGUCAAGCUGACAGACUUCGGCGACGCGGUGCAGCUGAACUCGGCCCACUACGUGCACCCGCUGCUGGGCAGCCCGGAGUUCGCGGCCCCCGAGCUGGUUCUGGGGGAGCCGGCGGCGCUGGCCUCUGACCUGUGGAGCCUGGGUGUGGUCACCUACGUGGUGCUGAGCGGAGCCUCGCCCUUCCUGGACGAGAGCGUGGAGGAGACCUGCCUCAACAUCUGCCGGCUGGACUUCAGCUUCCCCGACGACUACUUCCAGGGCGUGAGCGCCGCCGCCAGGGACUUUGUGUGUCUGCUGCUGCGCGCCGAGCCGUGUAAGAGGCCGCCGGCCGCCACGUGUCUGCAAGACCCGUGGCUGCAGACGGGGCCGUCAGCGGGACGCUCGGUCGAGUGUUUAGACACCUCGCGUCUCAUCUCGUUCAUCGACCGCCGCAAGCACCAGAACGACCUGCGACCCCUCGGUGGCAUUCGGGCCUUCCUGCACAGCCGACUGCAACCAAGGAUAUGAAACAACACCGCCGCGACUGCACUGUAAAACACGACAAGCCGGUGAAACACAAAAAAUGUAAUUUGCCCUGCUGCCUUAUGUUUGUCAGUUAACUCAGCUCAAGGCUGAACUCAACUCCAGGCUUUCUCAAGUUGAUUUAACUUACUCACUUCAGGCAGCAGGGCAACUUACUUUUUCACGUUUAACUGGUUGCAAUGUUUUACAGUGUAGCGGGAACGAGAUGGGAUGCCAUUACACCAAAUUAACCGUAAAUGGUGCUGCAACCCAGGAUAUGAAAUGAUACCACACCGGACAGAAUGCCAAAUCAAGGAUGCGUUACAGGAUGCCAAAUCCAGGAUGCGUUACGUUUUUCGAGUGGGAGGGGGUGGUGCGUCAAUUUUACAAGAACACAAAUGUUCAACCAAUUUUAAGUGGCCAAAAUUUCAACAAAAAAAGAAUGAAGAAAAAUGUUUUCAAAAGGAAUGAUCUCAUCCUCUUUCAGCUGCCAAUCGUGAUUGUUUUUUUUUUUUUCUCUAGAGGAAAACCUGCGUUCCUCCGUCUCAAUCAGAACCAAUCAGAGCCUCAGAGAAUGCUGUGUUUUUGGUGUUCUCAGCCAAUCAUAAAAAAGAACACUCAAGGAGCGCAAGUCCUGUCCCAGUCCUAUGCUGCUGGCUGUUUUAAACUCACUUUGAUUCGUUUGAAUGGACGAACAAUCGGAAAUCGGACAACUUGAAUUUCCGGUUAUCCUAUGAACUUUUACCGAGUUUCACUGAACAACGGAACCACACGAGAUAGACUUUGAAUCUACGUGUAGACGGGAAACCUGCACAAAAAGUGGUGAAGCUUAUCCUUACAGAGCAGAAAGGCAUCACCCAGUUCAAACUUAAUGUGGAGAACAAAAUAAUUUUUAUCUUUUUUUUUCCUUUGCCUGAGCCAGAGAGAGCAAGCAGUCCUGCUUUGCGCUUUUACAGUAUUCAACUUGAGAACAUUUGAGCAAAUGCGAAAAAGAAAAAAAAAUGAAAACAUGAAAGAAAUGCCCUUUCAUAAAGAGACAAUGUAUAGGAGAAAAAAAAGAUCAAAAAUCACGUGAAUUUCCACGCCUUUUCCAAACGAUAUUUGAAUACACUGUACUUACAGAAGCAAAUAAAAAAGCUUAAAAUAUAUAUAUAUAUAUAAAUAUAUGUAUGUUCUAUAACAGUACAAUUUGAAGAUUGCGCCCUCUAGUCAAAGAAGCAUAUUUAGGGAGGUUUGCAAAUGCCAGACUCCCAAGAGUGACAGUCGGAUAUCAUGAGAUUUUUUUUGUUUGCCCGAUCAAAAGCAUUUUUGAUUGCCUCGCAUCGUUAGUUUCAAAAGUCUUUAUCAGAUUGUGAGAAUUGGAUCGCUCCACAUGUAACAGGUUUUCAACUGCUGCAAGUCAGACCUCUCACAUGUUAAAGAGAAAGAGUAACGAUUUUAUUUUUGUUUUUCCGCUUCGACUAGAACAUGUUGUGUUGCGCAACUUUAAGAUGUAUAAGCCUUACUUUGUACAUAGACUGUCGUCUGGCCUGUGUCCUUUUCAUUUGAAUAUUUGUGUCCUGCCACAGAGAGAGCAUCAUAUUAAAGGCGGGGCAAUCCCGCGGACGAAUGGGAGAUGACUAUGGAAGCAGGUGAGCUUCUGAGUGGCAUCCAAGAGAGCCAGUCAGGCGCGAGGAUUAAAAGAAACGAGGAGAAAGAGUAAAUCUGUAAAUGCACUCACAUUGUAUGUUAUGUUUUUCGAUUCUUUAUCAUGUGCAAUGUUGCGGCUUUAACAGUUAAUGCAACUAUUUAUGAAGACAUCUGUUGUAUCUGUAAUAAAUAUAUAGAAAAAGCAUGUACUUGGUACUGCAAGUUCUGCUGUUUAAUGGUGUUUUAUUUAAUCUUUUUUUUAAUUUGUUUAUUAUUUAGUGGAGUAUUACGUUCCCUGCCAUUUCGGCAGGGUUCAUUUUGUCUACAUGGCACUUACGCUUCUUGUCUUCGGUCACUUUUUUUAACAUAGGUUAUUGGCAUACCAAAGCUCCACCAGCUUUACUACAAUUACUACCAUUUUUACCAUUUUUGAUCCUCCUCGCGCAUUUCACUGCAUUAAGUUAUAUAUAAAUAUAUUAAAAUGCCGUUCAAAGGUGUGUUUACAUGUGUUUCUAUCAUAGCUUUAUUUUAUUUCUUUUAUUGACAAAAGAAAGAUUUAACUCCAAUAUACGCAAGUCGACUUUACCCACAUGGUUAGACUACCCUGUACUUCAAGGUGGGUGUUAAGCACAACAUUUCUGGGGUGGGGUGGGUGUAAAGGGUUCAUGGAUAAAGGUAUCCGGGCCGAAAACAUAAUGACUGUUCCCUUGAAUGAAAUUUUCAGAUCAAGCUUCUGAUCAUUGGAUACAUUUUAUGGUGAUGCAAACAAAGCCAUGAAUAGUAUACCUUUUGAAAAAGAUUUAUGUAAUAUGACACACCUCAUAUUAUUAUGUUGAUAAUACCAGUAUUUGUUUUUCUCUCCUUUUUUGUUUUUUCUGUGAUUGUUUUCUUGUCUACAGCCUUGCAGUCAUUGGUGGUAACCAUAGCUACAACCCUGCAGUCAUUGGUGGUAACCCUAGCUAAUGCUCCAGCCACUGGUAGACUAUUAACAGAGAAAUUCAGCCACAUACACUCGCACUGAUAAAAGAGAUUCUUGCGUCUAGGAAACAGUCAGUGGUGAACUUCAGUACUACAUAGUAAGCUGCUACUAUGGUCAUAUCUAUUGGGACAGGAAGUCGUCUCUGUCCUGUUGCGUCGGUCAGCUCCUUGUCAAAGUGAAGCUCGGCAGAAUGUUAUGUUUUUUUUUUUUUGCUUUUCUUUUCUCUCCUUUUCUUUCGUUAUAUUUUGGCAGUGGAAAGAUUCAUGCCUUUCCCGAAAGGAAGGAGUGUAAAGAUGGAGUCACUCAUCUGUACAGUCCCAUAUCAUGUCCUCUUAAUUUAUUCGUUGUAAAAUUGUACAGAAACCGCUAAAAAACAUGGGAACUCGGACUGGAUGCAUUUUUAUCGUUUGUUUCUUUGUUUGUUUUUUUUCCUCUUAUCAGCAGUUUGCUUUUGUUGAAUUUGUUUUUAAUUUUGUUGGGUUUUUUUCUCUCAUAGUUACAAUCUCAUUGUAUUUUGUAUGUUAUUAUUUUUUGUUUUCUUUUGUGACAGAUUUGAUUUCAGUCAUUUUAUACUUUUUGCAUGUAUAUUUCUUUGUACAGAUGCCAUAAGUGUUUACGCAACUUUGUGCUUGUAAAUAUGUUCCGUUUUCCCAUUUUGGUUCUUUUGAAAAUUAAACAUCCAGAACAUUU